AUGAGCAUUUCACAGGAUCAGAGUGGCUUCCCCAGUAACCGAGAACCCCUUUUGAGGUGUUGUGAUGCACGAAGGGACUUGGAGCUUGCUAUUGGUGGAGUUCUUCGGGCUGAACAGCAAAUUAAAGAUAAUCUCCGAGAGGUGAAAGCUCAGAUUCAUAGCUGCAUAAGCCGUCACCUGGAAUGCCUUCGAAGCCGUGAGGUGUGGCUGUAUGAACAGGUGGACCUCAUCUAUCAACUGAAAGAGGAGACGCUGCAGCAACAGGCCCAGCAGCUCUACUGGUUACUGGGCCAGUUCAAUUGUCUUAUUCAUCAACUGGAAUGCUCCCCAAACAAAGAUCUAGCCAAUCAAGUCUCUGUGUGCCUGGAGAGACUGGGCAGUUUGACUCUCAAACCAGAAGACUCAACUGUCCUGCUCUUUGAAGCAGACACUACUGCGUUGCGUCAGACCAUCACCACAUUUGGGUCCCUCAAGACCAUGCAAAUUCCUGAGCACCUGUUGGCUCAUGCUAACCCAUCAAGUAGUGGACCCUUCUUGGAGAAGAGAGGUUAUAUCCCAGUGCCAGAGCAGAUGUCAUCAGCCAGCACCACAGCUGUCCCUCUCAGCGAGUGGCUCCUUGGAAGCAAACCUGCCAGUGGUCGUCAGGCAGUGUACAUGCCCAGCGCCAAUCCCCAGGAUUGGCUCUCCCAAAAGCAGCCCUUGGAGAAUAGUCAGACCUCUCCCAGAGCCUACAAUUUCUUCAGUAAUGUCUUGGGCAACCUGAAGGGCUUGGAAAACUGGCUUCUCAAGAGUCAGCAGCAAGAAGUUUCUGAAAAAUCAAGUCACCAAAAGCGCAACAGUCCUUCUGCCAACUCAUUCUCCGAAGGUGAAAAAGUUAGAGAUGUAGAGUUUCUUGAACAAGAUGAGGUGGACCUUUCUGAUUGGUUGCUGACUCCCCAGGUGCCCCAUAAGCUGGAGAAGUCUGAAAAUGGCAGCUGUGAAACUAGUGAAAAGUUUCAGCUCUUGUUCCAGGUUUUCCAGGAGCCCUACAAUGUUAGUGAUUGGCUUGUCAAGCCUGACUCUUGUACCAAUUGUCAGGGCAACCAGCCCAAAGGUGUGGAAAUUGAAAACCUGGGCAAUCUGAAGUGCCUAAAUGACCACUUAGAAGUUAAGAAACCGUUGUCCACCCCCAACAUGGUUACCAUGGAUUGGCUUGUCCAGAACCACCAAGAACCAUAUAAAGUAGAAGAGAUAUGCAGAGCCAAUGAGCCCUGCACAAGCUUUUCUGAAUGUGUGUGUGACGAAAAUUGUGAGAAGGAAGCGCUGUGUACAUGGCUCCUGAAGAAAGAAGGAAAAGAUAAAAAUGGGAUGCCUGUGGAUCCAAAAUCUGAGCUUGAAAAGCUUAAAGAUUCCCGAAAUAUGUGGCUCUGUCCUUCCAGAACAGAGGCAACAGAACAAGUUAAGGCACCAAAGGUCAUGGCUCCUUCUAGAAUUGCUGAUUCCUUUCAAGUCAUAAGGAACAGUCCCUUGUCAGGGUGGCUCAUGAGACCAUCAUGCCAAGAAGGAAGUCCCAAGGAAGUGCUUAGUACCGAGGACACAGCUGGCAAACAAAAGCUUGUGAGUCUGAUGGCCACUUCCCGGUGUCCCUUUAAUCCAGCUGACUGGGUCUUGCCAGUGAACACACGAAAUCUCAGCCAGGUACCCUCUGGAGAAGACAAAUGGCUACUUCGAAAGAAGGCCCAGGAAGUAUUGCUUAAAUCACCCCUAAAGGAGGAACAUAACUUUCCCCCAGAUUGCUAUGGCCUUCCAGCAGUUUGUGAUCUCUUUGCCUGUAUGCAGCUUAAAGCUGAUAAAGAGAAGUGGUUGUAUCGAACUCCUCUACAGAUGUGA